CAGUCAAGUGGAAAAUUAUAAAAAUAUGGAUCUGUACGACGAUAUAGACAAAGCUCGAGCUAGUCAAAUAGAUGGAUGGUCAUCGGGCAUCAAAAUGCUGCAAACACAGCUCGCAGUUAAAAAGGCGCAGCUUCCCAAACCAAAGGAACCGAUUAAGAAACCGCUAAUGACACCGCUGGUAAAUCUCCGCGCCAAGCGCCCUGCGGAAUCGGAAACUCCCCCCUUUUCGAACAUUUCGGGGGCCAAACCCGUAAUUUCCGGCACCGCUUUGCCACCUCCGGUACUUGAAUGCAUAAAGAAAGAUGACUGGGAUUUUGUGGAUGAGUACGAUCCGCAGUGGCCCAACGAGUAUGAGAAACUAAAAGAAAAAACGAAGAACAGUGAAAAGUCACGAAACAGUGGUGCUGGCGGCGCUGGAGGAUGCGGCCGCGAAGACCGUGAUCGCGAUAGGGAUAGAGAUCGAAAACGUGGUCGCAGUGGACGCCGAGAAAACCACAGAGAUGACGCCUCACGUUCACCGCCGUCAAUGAAGUUCAGCGGAUUUGGUCAGAGACAAAGCGAUGAGGACAAGUACAGUCCCCCACCCCCGGGAUCUGUAGCAAAACAAGGAGGGGGCGCCGCAAUCGCUCCCCCGCCGUCACUGCAAGAGAUAUCCAUCGACAAUGGAGAUGGUUCCUCCAACGUAACAAUACCCUACUCAGCAAGUUCGGUGGCUGCCAAGAUAAUGGCGAAAUAUGGUUUUAAAGAUGGACAGGGACUGGGAAAAUCAGAGCAGGGAAUGUCCAUGGCCUUGCAAGUGGAGAAGACCUCGAAGCGUGGUGGACGCAUCAUUCACGAAAAGGAUGUGUUUGUGACGCCACCAUCCACGUCGCCUCCCUCAGCGUCAAGCCCGGGCCAUUUGGCUAUGCCACCACCGCAGCUUCCAAUGGCAGUGACUGCACCUGCUGCCACUGAGCCUGUCCCCAGCAUUACAGAAAUAAUGAAAGAUCCUAGUAAAGUGGUUUUGCUACGAAACAUGGUUGGUCCUGGCGAUGUAGAUGAGGAACUGGAGCCAGAAGUGAAGGACGAGUGUAACACCAAGUAUGGGGAAGUGAAUAGUGUCAUCAUUCAUGAAGCGUUCGGAACUUCGCCAGAAGAUGCCGUUAAAAUCUUUGUGGAGUUUAAGCGCAUUGAAAGUGCCAUUAAAGCUGUUGUAGAUCUUAAUGGGCGUUUCUUCGGGGGACGACAAGUGCGUGCUGGAUUUUACAAUUUUGACAAAUUUAAAAGUUUUCAAUUAAAUUAGUUUUUGCAAA